UUUAACCAACGGGACCUUUCUCCUCUUCUUCUUCUCGGUUUCCUGUUGGACGCAAGACCAACAGAGAGGGAGAGACAAAGGUUUCCAGCCAGAUAAGCCUCCUCAUAUAUCCAGGACAGCGCAGCUCUGUCCAGACGCAUCUUCAAGUCGAAGCUCCGGAGAGAAACCAGCUGUCAGUCCCGCUGCGCCCUGCACGGUCCCACCGCAAGGAUCCUCCGGGUCCAGGACUCCAAGAAACCGCAUUUAAAACCAGACGACAGGGGAACAAUGGAGAUGCUGCUGCCUGUGGUAAUCCUUCAGCUGCUCGUGGCUCCAGCCCUCACGGUGCCUGGUGUGGACCACUGGGACUCGUGGGGUCCUUAUGGAGAAUGCAGCCGCAGCUGUGGCAGCGGUGUGACCAUGAGAGCCAGGCGCUGCAUCACCCACAGGACCGAUGGAGGACACAACUGUGUGGGACCAGACAAGUCUUACCGCUCCUGCAACAUCCAGGACUGUCCAGAGGGAUCCAAGGAUUUCCGUGAGGAGCAGUGCUCCCAGUUUGAUGGGACUGACUUCCGGGGCAAACGCUACAAGUGGCUCCCAUAUUACGGAGCUGAGAACCCCUGUGAGCUGAACUGCAUGCCGAGAGGCGAAAACUUCUUCUACCGUCACAGCAGGGCUGUGGUUGACGGUACGCCCUGCCACCCUGGGCGCAGGGAUGUUUGUGUGGAUGGAGUCUGCAAGCGUCUGGGCUGUGACAACAUGUUGGAGUCUCCUCAGCAGGAGGACCCCUGCCUGCAGUGUGGGGGUAAUGGACAGUCCUGCUACAGCGUCAAGAACAGCUUCUCGGUGCGCAACCUGCCAACUGGCUACAACCAGAUGUUCAUCAUCCCUGUUGGAGCCACCACCAUCAGCAUCAGAGAAACAGUGGCCACACGCAACUACCUUGCCAUCAAGAACCUGCGUGGUGAGUAUUACCUCAAUGGCCACUGGGUAAUCGAGUUUUCCAGGGCGACACCCAUCGCUGGAACCAUGCUGUACUACCAGAGAGGGGCUGAGGGCGACAACGUCCCUGAAACCAUCAUCGGCCGCGGCCCCACCACCGAACCCCUUGUUGUUGAGCUGAUCAGCCAGGAGCCAAACCAAGGGGUGGACUAUGAAUAUUACCUCCCUAAUAGUCGCGCCAGGGAUGGCUACUACUGGAGUUCUGGAUCCUGGUCUGCCUGCAGCAGGGAGUGUGGAUCAGGCUACCAGUCUCGUUUGGUCUUCUGCACCAUUGAUAAUGAGGCCUACUCUGACUAUCUCUGUGCAUCUCUGCCGAGGCCACAGACCAACCGCACAUGCAACCCCCAUCCGUGCCCACAGACCCGCAGCUGGAGAACCGGUGAGUGGAACGCCUGCUCGGUUACCUGCGGUGGAGGCUCUCAGAUCCGCAGCGUGGAGUGCAUCUCCCAUGAUGCCGGUGGCCCCCGCGUGGUGGAGGAUGCUGUUUGUGCUGCCUAUGCCGAGGCACCACCCACUCUGCAGACCUGCAACAUGCAGACAUGUGCAGAGUAUCGUGCAACUAGAUGGAGCGCGUGCUCAGUGACCUGUGGUUCAGGUGAGCAGACCCGGGACGUCACCUGCGUUGGUUCAGGAGGCAUGAGGCUGGAGGAAACAUCCUGCAGCACUUUGCUCCGCCCGGCUGCCGUCCGACCCUGUGAGAUGGCGGCCUGCCCGAGACAGAUCAGCUGGCACGUUGGAGAAUGGGGACUGUGCUCUAGGAGCUGUGGCUCCGGCUCACGGGAUCGGCAGGUGAUCUGCUCGGACCAACACAGGAAUCUGUAUCCCGUGAACCAGUGUAGCGCCUACCACAAACCCCCCACAGUGGAGCGCUGCAACAACCAGCCCUGCUACAGCCCACAGGUGGUUCCCAGCAUUCAGGACUCAAGAGGACACGACAACACACAGACUGUUUUCCAGCCCUACGUGCCAGACCAUGCAACAGCCCACAGGCCUGAGACUGAUCUGACCCAGACCAACACAGUCCACGACCCUCACAGCUCCGCCCCGGUCCUCCACUGCAGCCAGUCUUAUUAUGGCUGCUGCCCAGAUGGACGCACUUCAGCCGGGGGCCCUGAGGGUCUGGGCUGCCCACAGGUCUCUACUCCCAUUGCUGUCCAGCCAUCCUGCGUUCAGGCCAGUUAUGGCUGCUGCCAAGAUGGAGUGACGGAUGCUCAGGGCCCCAACAAGGAGGGCUGCGUGGAGUAUGUGGCCCCUGCAACCACUGGUGCUUCUUCUCUUCCCACUGAGAAUGCAGCACAGUGCCGUACCACCACCUACGGGUGCUGUUAUGACCGCACCACACCUGCAGGAGGACCCAACGGGGAGAGCUGCCCCAACCCACCUAACCGCAUUGAGCGCUCUAUCUGCUCCCUGCCUCGUGCUGCCGGCUCCUGCAGCAACUGGAUAUCACGCUACCACUACGAUGUCAUCACCUCCAAGUGUGAGCAUUUCUGGUAUGGAAGUUGCCACGGCAACAGCAACAACUUCAUGACCAGGGCUGAGUGCCAGAGGGCGUGCCAGGUUCCUACACCGAGCCAGCGGGGCCCCGAGCCGGUCGCUCCCACUUCCAGAAGAGAAUCUACCCAUGGAACGGCAUCAGGAGCAGGCACCGCAUCUGGAGGAGGAUCUAGAGCAGGUGGAUCCACCUCUGGAGGUUCAACAGGUGGAAGGUCUCGCAACAUGGGGAGGAUUUUCAUAGUCCACGGAGGCUCGACCAGCAGCACCGGCAGACAGGCCACAAGUGCCGCCACACAUGCCCACAGAGCCAGAAUCCAUCUGCGCAACCGCCGGCCUUCCCAUGGUACUGCUGCACAGCACACCGGUCCAGCAGCGAGUUUGACCCUGGGGGAAGUGACCAUCGAUAAGACCGACCCCUCUACAGUGGAAGCUUUAGUCGGCCAGACGGUGGUGCUGCCCUGCAGAGUCAGCCCGCCGCCGUCCUCCACCAUCAUCGUGGAGUGGAGAAGAGACGGCAUCCCUCUGUCCACUCACAGGCAUCAUCAGCAGCCCAAUGGUUCCCUGUUAGUCGGCCCACUCACCAAGUUAGACUCUGGCUGGUUUUUAUGUGUGGCGACUCGUGAACAGGAGAGAGACCACCGCUAUAUCUACCUGUCCGUCACAGAGGGAUCGUCUCAGCUGACUCCCACCUCGUUGCCCAGAGAUGGUCCCAUCCCUCGGUUCAGCAUCGAGCGGUCCAGCUCAUCUUUACUGGAAAUGCGAUCAGGACAAACUGCCAGACUUUCCUGCAAGAUUGUCCCUCCGUCAGCACUUCAGUCCGUCAACAUUCAGUGGACUAAAGAUGGACAGAUCCUCAGUGACUCCAGACACACACAACAUUCAGACGGCACUCUGAUCAUCGGCUCUCUGAAGUCUGCAGACUCUGGUGUCUACACAUGUACAGCGUCCACUCAGCAGCAGCUGGAGCAGAAACAGCUGCAACUCAGAGUCCAAACGGACCUGAGGAUCACCACAGCUCCUAAUAACAUCCAGGUGUCUGAAGGCAGCACAGCUGUGCUCCCCUGUGUGGUGUCAGGAGACAACGUCAAUAUUGGCUGGUCCAGAAAUGGUGUACCUGUGCGUCCCGACGGUCGGAACAUCCUGACGUCUUCUGACGGCAGCCUGAUCCUGAACAACGUGAAGCCCUCAGAUGAGGGCACUUACACCUGCAACGCUUACACUGGCAUCUACUCUGUGAGCGCCACGGCUGAAGUUAGAGUCACGAAAGACACACAACAAGGCGUUGAUGUGCCGCCAGAAUGCGUGGACCAGCCCGAGCUUGCCAACUGCGAGCUGAUCGUUUACGCCCGACUUUGCUCCAACUCGUACUACUCCAGUUUCUGCUGUGCCAGCUGUACCAGGCACUCGCAGAAGAACGACAGGUUUGGUCGGCUAGGCUGAAGACGGCGAGGUUUUAAAAACUCUGGGCUGGGUGGGAGAGGGGAUGGGGGAGGGCAGUGUUUCAAACAUUGAGGACUGCAUUUUGAACACUGAACUUCUGCAAUUGCCAAAAUGACUCAAAACACUCAUGUCCGACCAGGCUGUGCAGAAUCACAGUUCAAGAAUGCAUUGAAAAAAAGGGACUGAUUACUGUAGCUGUAGAUGCUGUGAACCAGGAGUUUGCAGAUUGUGAACACUUUGUUCAGGGAGUCUGUUUGGACACUGCUGCAUUAAACACUGAAUAUGGAAACAUGACAUAGGGGCCUUAAAAUGAAAUGUACCAUGUAAAAGUCUGUUGAAUGUGAUGAAGCAAAAGUCAAACUUUCUUUGUCGUUCUUACUCUUCCGCGCCUUUAAAAUAAGUUAUUUACUCUCUGGAUCUUCUGUACAAGUUCUCUGUUAUCUAGAGAAUUGUGAUGAUUUUACUUUCAGGUCAUUAUUGAAUUAGUGAAUUAUUUCACCUCUGCUGGACUGUUUUGACCACUGCUCUUUUUUUAAUCCGCAUUUUGGCAUUUCACUGAUAAAGGGUUUUAUUUUCUAUUGGCAUUGUUUAUUUUUAUGUAAUUAUUUGAUAAUAAAAAUAAUAUUUUG